UGUUACAUAAUGCUAUGAAAUUUUAACGAUAUGAUACCGAAUUUAUUGUUUGAAUUAAUUGCAUUUUUAUUUCCCAUAAAUCAUAUUUAAACAAAUUUUGUAGUUACUUAUGGUUCGCUUGCCAAAUUCAAAAGAUGCAAGGUGUAGUCAUUUUAAUAAUUGCAUCAUUUUUUGGAUGUAAUGCUGAUAGUAUCAAAAGCGCUGUUCAGGCACAUUUUGAAUUUCCAGAAAAUACUGCAGAUGAGGUUAUUGGGUGUUAUCCACCAGACGACUGCGCAAAUGAUGAUUAUAGACCUGAUAAACCUACAAAUUGUAAGGAAAUAUUAGACUCAGGGGAAACAGUGUCUAAAAAGUACAUAAUAUAUCCAAAAGGUUCCAAUAUAUCAGUAGAGGUAUAUUGCGAUAUGGACACAAGAGGUGGCGGAUGGACAGUAAUACAGAGAAGAUUUAACGGAGCUGUUGAUUUCUAUAGAGAUUGGAGAGAGUAUAGAAUUGGGUUCGGAACACUACCUGGAGAACGUUGGAUAGGAUUGGAGAAUAUUUAUCAUUUGACAGCGCAUGAAACUAAUCAGCUGCUUGUGGAAUUAACAGACAAGGAUGGAGUUAAAGCUUACGCUUUGUAUGACGCAUUUGCUAUCGGUUCAGAAGUGGAUGGAUACCGUUUAAAUACUUUACAGGGAUAUUCUGGUGAUGCCGGUGAUUCCUUAAGUCACCAUGUAGGACAAAAAUUUACUACUAAAGAUCUGGAUCUAGACAGUUUUGAUUUUGGGAACUGCGCGGAAUUAUACUUGGGGGCUUGGUGGUACAACGACUGCUUCAAGUACGGAAGCAAUUUAAAUGGUAAAUUCAGAAAUAUGCAAUUAUUGCCGACAGAGGAAUACCCAUACCGAAAUUGGCAAGGCAUUAUCUGGUCGACAUUUAAAAGAAACGGAUAUUUCUUAUCUGAGACAAGAAUGUUGGUAAGACCACAAUAGUAGAAAGCAGAAUGGGUUUAAUAAACAUUCUUUUGUGAA